CAAAGGUAAAUAAAUAACGGCAAAAGCGAGCACAGCAGCAACACAGAAAUUCUUGUAUACAUUUUUCACACGUCGUCCCGCACGCCAACGAUAACGACGCCUCGCGGACGCAAAGGAAAAUUCGCGCUGUAAAAUCAAGUGGAAAUUGGGAAAAGCAAUCACCAAGUGCUGCUGUGCUGUUUGCUCCGUGAUUUGCAUUGCAAAACAGAUAUAUGUGUACAUAUGUAUAUGUAAAAGAGCAACAAGAAGCAACAAACAAAACGAAAAAGUGAAAAAAGCAAAACAAACAAAAUUUUUUUUAAAUAUUUUUGAAUUUCUGAAAAAUAGUGAAAGCGUUAAAAUUGAUAUCGGAACGGAAAGAGUGCACGCAUGAAUAAUUGAAUAUCACCUUGAAUUAUGUGAACAAUCACUGCCUCCACUUCCAAAUAAGCACCAGGAUUACAAACGUCAAGUAUUAUUUCGAACACUUCCACCUUGAAACCGACGCUUACUGUUACUGAGAUAGCUCAGGGGAAUUGGAGAGGAAAACUUUGACGCAACGGAGGUUUGUUUUGAAGCCAUCAACGGCGCAGCAGCACUUUUCGGUCUCCACUUAGCGGCCGUGUGUUGAAAUGGUAUUGCCAUUUGGUUUGGCCUCUGACGGUCAUAACGUAGCUGGCAACCAAACCAUGGUCACCCCCACAGCACCACCUGCUUUCCUAAUGCACGGCCACACAAACGUCUCCACUGUUGUGCCUGUCAUACCAAGUCCCUACAUCGAUUUCAUCGUUGUGAAUGGCGACGAUCGCUACAUGAUACGCUGCGAGCGCAAGGCAGUGCUGGAGAACAGUGUUGAGUUGGCGAAGCUGAUACGAGCUGGCCCAAAUAGUGGACGCAAGGGCGAUAAUCAUUUUCAAAUAUCCAAUGUGGACAAGAACGACUUCGAAUUGGUCAUACGGUUUUUAGAGACGAAAUUCGUGCGGUAUCGCGACCAUUUGCAUAUACUGAAAAUACUGGAGUUGGCCGAUCGUUUCAAUUGUCCCGAUUUGGUAAUACACUGCAUACGUGAGCUGGACCUGCAAUUGACGAGCGCAGUGGUGAUCGACAUCUUUCGUUCGCUGUGGUUCUACCAAAGCAUUUCAGUACCAAACCAACACCAAUUGGGUGCUGUAAUUACAACACAGGAUAGCGCUGCCAACAAGAAGGCAAAACGUAAAACACCAAACCCUCAAACAAACGCCAAUGCUGGUGGCGGCACCGCUGCUGCUGGUGCAGGCGACAAUGCGAAUGCGGGCGCUGAAUCAAGUCCACACCCCAAUCCCUUCACAGCAGAGGAAUUCGGCAUGGCUUUGCUCAACAACUCGCUACAGUUGAUCGACAUGCAUGCGCAAUUGGUGUUGACCAAACAGCAAAUCAACGAAUUACGCUUUGAGGAACUCGAAAUGAUAGCGAAACGUGAGGCGCUACAACUAAGUUCCGAGCUUGUGCUCUUCAAUUGUUUGGCGGACUGGAGUGUGGCCGAGUGUCAACGCAAGAAGCUCGACGCAACGGCCGAGAACAGACGACGUGUGCUCGGGCCGCUAUGCUACGCGCCACGUUAUUUACUCAUGAAUAUCAAUGAAUUUCGCAAAGCAUGUGAUCGCGUUGAACUGCUGGAUCCGGUGGAAGUUUCGCUCGUGAGUGAUGCCAUCGAAGGUAAGAAGCUGAAGAAUCUGACACCAGAGCAAAGUCAAUUGCUGGAGAAGUUUCGAACGCCACGUCCCGAAUUCCCAAAAAUGCCAAUACACCUUAGCGAUCGCACCAACCCGAAGAACUAUCCGAAGAAAAUGCGGCGCGCCGAAAAGGGUGCAUCCGGCGAAGACGGUUGCUGGAGUAAUUUCGGCAUGAACUGCUUGGCAGUAUUCGCAUGCAUUUUCGACUAAAAUAUACCGUAGUUAAGUUACAACCUAGUGGACUAACAAGCAUUUGAAUAUUGAGAUAUGCAUAAGCACAUAACCAACUGCUCUCACGUUUUGUACAAUUUGAAUUUUCCACUACUCCAUAGUGCAAUUGGUUAAGAGAGCGGCGCACAUUCAAGCUCAGAAAUAGUAGUUCAAUGUGAGGCACUGUCUUUGUUAGAGUAUAGACGCUGAAGGAAGAGUGGGCGAAAAGUAAGAAUUAGAGUUUAUAUGCUGCAGGAAGGGAAGGCGAAAAGUACGAAUUAGCUAAAAUAAAAUAGUUAGAGUUGGCGUAGCCCAAAUGCAUGGAUAAAGCUGUAAACUUUGGAUGAUCAAAGCUUAGUUGGCAUGUUAGCGAAUUGAAAAAUAGUUAAUUGUCCAGCUGUGAAUUUUCAAAGUAGUUUAAUUUAGGAAGUGAAAUUAAGUAAAAGUCAUUUUCUCUACGCGUAACAGCAGUGGAGCUACUGUUUUACAAGCUUUUAUCUCUUUAACAGACAUAAAAUGAGUGAUUUUUUAUUUUUCUAACGGCUCAAUGUCUCAUUGUUUCUUUCCUCAUUUGAAAAAAAGCUACGGUGCUCUUACGAUAAUCGACUAAUUGCACUAUAACAAACAUAACCUUAAGGUUUUACGCAUCGUUACAGUUACGUACUCAAAUAACCGAAUUAGAACGAUGCAUGAGAAGUUGUAUUUGCAGUAGUCAAAGAGUUGUAUUUUCAGUAGUAUAAGCCAUGUUGUUGCUUAUACAUAAUAUAAAUAGAGCAUACCGCGUUAUAUGUACGAGAAUGUGAAAAGAAAGGGAAAUAUUGCAAACCAACUAGAAUGUGUAGAUUAAGUUUUUAUACUGACAUACCGAUGCCGUGCGAAUUUGCUAGCGAAAUCCAUACUUAAAUAGUACCGCUAUAAUUGUAUAUACAUAACAUACAUACAUACAUACAUAUUCCAGAGCAAGAAUAUUAUAGAAAUUUAUAGGUAAUCGUAUAAUUUUUAGCUAACAAUUGUGCUUGGAAAGUUCGUUGCCAUGUCUGACAUAUUACUAACAUAUACUUAGAUUUAAGUAUUGUACUUAUAUAGACCAAAUUAUAUACACAUGUAUAUUUUUAUGUAGACCAUUAUUUUAUGCCAAUUUACGUUAUGUUAAGUAAGUUUUUGCUAGUCAAUGUAACCAUACAAAUUUGUUUAUAGAAAAUUUGUUCAAAGAAUAUUAGCCUAAUUGAAAAGGAAUCUAAGUACAAUACAUACACGCAUCGUCUACAUGCAUACACGCAUACAUAACAACAUAUUAAGAUACACAGAGUUAGCUUUAAUAAUCAUGCAGCAUACAAUUUUAACAUAAAAUGGCGUUCAAACGAGUGUUUUAAUUUGAAACGAAGAUGCUGGGAGAGAUAGAAAGAGUUGGAGAGCUGCAAGCUUUUUCAUAUUCAUACACAAAAUACAUUAUUAUUACAUUAUAGAAAAAUUUAUGCAAGUUUUAAGUAAUUUUAACGAAUGGCCAUAUUUUUACGAAAGCAGUGGAUUUAAGGUGUGAAGCAUUUGUUAGUUUUUAAAGCUUCGCAACCAAAAUAGCAUCAUCAGCAUCAUUUUAGCGUGUGUACAACCGGUGUAGAUCUCACUACAAAUUUGUAAGUAUGAGAUCACCACAAAUAUAUAUCGAAAUUGGUACGAAUACUUUUGAAAACAGUAAAUAAGAGUAUAUUAAUAAAUAUAAACAAAGCAAAUUGUUGCUUCUCAGCCAUAAUGAAAACAGUCAUACUAUAAAUUUCAUACCAUUACGAUAUACUUAAAAUUUAAACUCAGUUGCUUGCAUUUCUGUCAAUCUCAUAAAUUAAGUUUUCGCGCAAUAUUAUGCAAUCAAUGAACAAUUUGUAACAUAUACCAUAACUGAACUACCAGAAAAAUACACAAAUAAAUAUACCACAAACGUUUGAAUAAA